AUGCGUCAUGUAGAUGCGCUCAGCAGGGUGUCUUGUCUGUUGCUUGAAGAUACGUUGCAUGAUCGACUUCAGCAAGCACAGGAAGUGGACGACUGGGUCCGAGCAGUUGUUAAGGUAUUGGAACAUGAGGAGUAUGAAGAUUUUUACGUGAAGCAGGGUGUGCUCUAUAAAGAUCCCAUCAAGGAACUUAUAGGAGCCAGACUUGAGGCCGUGGCCAAGGAGGAUCUUCCUCUUUAUCCUAGGGCUCGCGUCUGGCUGCCGGCCGAACCUUCCACUCCGAGUGAGAUUGAGGAAAUCCUCAAAUAUUGCAAUCCCUCACUUCCAACGCAGGACUGGAAAGUCUUAUGGCUGGAGAGAACUGAUGAACCGAAUCGGCAAGCGCUGAUAAUGCUAAACACGGAAUCCAUCGGUCCUCUCAGCAAAACAAAGGGAGCCAUAAGCUAUGGUUUUGAGAUGGUAGUGCUGAAAGUACUUCCAUCGGAUGCCAGAGCUGAUGGCCUCCAAGCUGUGGUGCCUGCGGUGGAGGUGUCGAAGGGUACUGACGGUCAAACGACCGUGGAAAUCGGUGCGACAGAGGGCGCCGACGGUCAAAUGACCGUGGAAGUCGAUCCGGAUCUCUCGGAUGUGGCGAGUGUUGGAGGCGGUUCUUCGACUGGCGACUCCGUUUUCAGCCUCGAACGACUGUUUAAGGAGGUUCGGGUCGAUCACGACUUGGGCGCUGAAAUAGCGCUCCUGGAGGAAAGUCUGAAGGAUGAAAUUCCUCCAGAUUAACCUCCAGCAUGCGAAGGCGGCCUCCGCCAAUCUUUUGCUCGGUCUGGAACAAGACGGAGCUGAUGUCGUCCUGAUCAAGGAACCGUGGCUGACUGGUAACGGGAUAUCUGGAUUGAGGACAAAGAGCCAUAGGCUCCUGUCGGCCAAGGAUGCAGCGCUGACAUUGUGACAGCGAAACUGGAGUGUGACACCGGAGAUUUCUGGCUUAUCUCCGCAUACAUGCCACACGAUGAUGUGGUGGAGCCACCUCCCCUAAUGCUGAGAAAGACCUUAGCCGAAGCGUCUAAGACUGGCACUGGCGUCAUCAUCGGUUCCGACGCUAACUCGCGGCACCAGAACUGGGGAAGCUCGGAUACGAACAGUAGAGAAGAACUCCAACGUUCGCUGCAUACGCAAAUGUCAAUCAACCAAUACAAAAAAGAAAGGAAUUUUACCAAUACAAUACAGG